AUGGCCGAUGUGAGACUACUGAUCCUCGGUAGCCUGUGCCACAAUGGCAAGAUUGACUCCGAGAAGCUUGCCGCCCUCGCCGGUGUUAAGAAGACUUCUGCCCAGGCCAACUACUGGCGUGCCAAGAAUAACCUUUUGGCGCUUAUGGAAAAAAAUGAGUCUGCUACUCAGGCUGCUAAUUUCAAGCCUGAGGAUAGCAACACUGCACCCAAGGCACGUGCUUCUACCAAGCGUCGCGCGACCAAGGACGCACCUGCCAAGCCCGACUCGCCUCCUAAGCACCGCAAGACUGCUGCCAUGGCUGCCCCCGAGCCCGAGCCCGCUCUUGCGUAUACUCAGGAAGCAGAGAGGAUAUCUUGUGUUUACCAAGGACGCAGAUUAAGCAGAGUCCGCUCCAUCGAGAACAUCGAUGAUGAGAUUUCCGCCAACAACCUGGCUGAGUAG